AUUUCACAUAUAUUAUUCCCACUGAUCUAAAUACAUAACAUUUACUGAGGUGUUAUGAUCAUUCAUGACUCCAGUCAUUGAUCAAAGCUUCGACGAAUAUGGCUGCAGUUAGUUCGUUAUCAUUAUCUCAGCUCUCAAGUGGCCAUUCAACUCUUUAUGAGAAUUACUGGAAACAGGUAGACAUUUCAGGAUCAGGAAAGAUCAAUGCAGAAGAAGCAGCACGGUUCCUUAAACGAUCAGGUCUUGGUGAUGCAAUAUUACGUGAGAUAUGGGAAUUAUCUAAUCCAACUGGAAACUCUCACCUGGACAAGCAGGGUUUUUAUGUUGCAUUACGGCUCAUUGCUAAUGCCCAAAAUGGCAAAGAGGUCAGUUUGCUUCAUAUAUCGCUGCCUGGACCACCUCCUAAUUUGGGUGAGCAUAACGUGACCUCUUUAUCUGGUGACAAUUCCGGAUGGUUGAUUCAGCCUGCUGAAAAAUCAAAGUACGAUGGUAUAUUUGAGUCCUUAACACCAGUGAACGGCUUGCUGUCUGGGGAUAAAGUCAAACCAGUUUUACUGAAUUCUAAGUUACAUGUUGAUAUUCUUGGUCGAGUUUGGGAUCUCUCUGAUAUUGACAACGAUGGGAUGUUGGACAAGGAUGAAUUUUCCGUGGCAAUGCAUUUAGUGUACAAAGCUCUCGAAGGUGAAGCAGUGCCGCAAUCUUUAUCUCCUUCUCUUAUUCCACCGUCCAAGAGAUUCUUCGUACCAGAUAGCGUAUCACCUAAGAAAUCACCAGGUGUAUCUCCUACACCUAUAAUGGCGUCUACCACUUCUUCACACGUGUCCAGUAACGUUCCCUGGGUCGUUACACCAGCGGAAAAAUCGAAAUACGACGCAAUGUUUAAAACUGUUGACAAAGAUAACGAUAAUUUUGUCACAGGAGACGAGGUAAAAAGUAUUUUCAUGGCUUCUGGACUAUCGCAGCUACUUCUUGCUCAUAUAUGGAGUUUGUGUGACGUGAACAAUUCUGGUCGCUUAAACGUCGAACAAUUUUGUCUGGCAAUGUUUCUCAUACAACAAAAGGUGAAAGGGAUCGAACCACCUAAAACAUUACCACCUGAGAUGGUUCCACCAUCAAUGCGAGCUGGUGGGCAGGCAUUAAUUAUACCUGGUGCAAUUGAUGAAGCAAUUAAGAGCACCGCAUCUUCGUCAAUGGCUGGGGAACUCGACAAAAUAUCAAAGGAAAUUGAAGAGUUGGGAAAAACAAAAACAUCUUUGCAAAAGGAGAUUGAAGAAAACGAAGAUUUAGUUCGACGAAGACAUAUCGAAGUUCAGGAAUUGGAAAGCGAAUUGGAGAAAGCGAAAGACGAAAUAAAACAGUUAGAUAAACGAAAAGAAGAAACAAAACAACAACUGGACAAACUAGACCAUGAGAAAGUAAAUUUUGAGACCCAGUUGAAGGAAAUACAAGGCAAAUGCCAUGACGAAACUCAAAAGAUAAACAGUUUGAAAGCUCAAAUUGCCGACGAAGAUGUUGCAAUUCAGAAAAGAGAGGAUGAACUAAGCACAGCAAGAAAUGAAUUGAACAAACUAAGACAACAAGAAACAGAAUUAGAAAAAGAGGUUCAAAUGGAGAAAGAAAAAUUAGAAAAUGUGCAAAAACAAGUGAAUGUCGUUCAAGAUGAAAUAAUGCAGGUACAAACUAAGCUUAAGUCGGUGAAAGAGUCCAAUGAUGUGCUGAAUGGUGAAAUCAACACGUAUAAUAGUCUUCUUCAGUCUGGUGGCAGUGUAAACAAUCAAUCAAAUUCGAUAGGUAUAGGUGACUUUGCUCCUAUCAGUUCCGAUGGCUUCACAGACAUUCUUACGACGACGUCCGAAGUGGAUACGAUGAGCAUUAGGGCAACUGCGGGAAGCAGUCCAGUUAGUAGUAUCAGUGGAUUCAGUGUUGGAUCAGGAAGAGUUGAUGAAGCUGUCGAUGACUUUAAGGACAAAGACGGUGCUGAUGAUGAUAAGGAGCUUGACCCAUUCAAAAGCAAAGAUGAUUCUGAAGCACACGAUCCAUUUACUACAAACGAUGCAUUAAAGAUAGAUCCAUUUGCUCCUUUCAAAACUGUUUCAUUUGCUGAUCCGUUUUCUUCUGAUCCUUUUGAGGAGAAAGAUCCAUUUGGAAGUUCCGGUGAAAAAUCCCCGGAAAACGGUUUCAAGUCCGACCCAUUUGCAAAUUCCGAUGCAACACCAAAUGCAAGUUCAGAUCCUUUCAGUUCCUCUAGUAAUGACCCUUUUCAAGCAUCAUUUCCAAGUGAUAAAAGUUCUUCAGACGAUUUCUUCUCGGGGGAUCCGUUCAAAUCGACAACAAGCAACAGUGGUUCUGUUACAGAUCCGUUUCAAAGUUCCGACUUUUUUUCUGGAACAGAUUUAUUUGACGGACCUCCCAAUCAUGUAGACGACGAAAAGAGCAAAUCUCCCAAAAGUGAUUCGUUCUCAAGCAGUACUAACAUUUCUGAUCCGUUUGCAUCAAGCAACGCAACAAAAUCGAACGAUCCUUUCACUGCAUCAUUUGCAAGUUUUAGCGAGCCUGUGAAACAGAAAUCUGAGACAAAGUCUACAAAAUCAGACAAAGAAAUCAUUGAAUGGGCUAAACGCCAGAGCAAGAGAGAUGAAAAAGACAGGCAAAAGAAAAUGAAAUCUUUACAAGACGAGGAGGAAAAACAAUUAGCCAUGGCUUUGAAAAAAUCUUUAGAAGAAUCUGGUUCAUAGUCGUGAUGAAUGAAUUUCACGUCUGGGAUCAUUUUUCAUUAAUGUACAAUUCACUCUGCUAUACAUACAUUUAUAUCUUCAAUGGAUAUCGGCCACGUUAGAGAAAGUGUGACUCUCAAAUAAUUCCAUUGCAACAGAUGAGCUAAAAAGAUAUUUCUUGCCCGUUCAGACGUUUUGCCUUCAAGCAUUCAGAAGUUUUUCCUGAAUACCAUACAUAAUAAUAUACAGUUCUGAUUAAAUCCAACUUGCAGCAGCUCUAUUUAUCAUACAAACCAUCGUUGCAAUGAGCACAAAAUGAAGUAAUUUAGAAAACUGCAAUUCAAUGUAAACUAUUUUCGUAAUAUAGGUUAAUGAAAUUUCACAACAAAAA